GCCACAGGCAUCUGUUAGUGUGGAUAUACAUUGACGUUAACAACAAAAUUAGAAAUCGGUAUCUUCAUUUUUCUUAUACUCAGAAGGUGAUGAUUAUCAGCCUACUUGUUUUUCGUGCGUAAAAAUGUCAGAUCGGGUGUCUUUCGAAAAAUCAUAGAAAACGCGGAAUUUGAGAUUUUUAUUAUGUUGAAGGUUGCACAUUUUUGAGUUCUUAAUAUGUAUCGUAUGGCGUAUGGCCAAGAUACAUCGAGAUUCAUAUCCAGAUGAUGAAAACAGGGGGUAGCUAUUUUCUUAAAAUGGCAGAGAUGGAUUUAAAAACAGCCACAUCAACGAUGGAAGCAUUGGUUCGUAUCAGUUCUAACAUGAAGAGCCUGGAGAGUGAGCUGCAUUGUCCUGUGUGUAAGGACAUUGUCAAACAGCCCGUGGUCCUGCCAUGCCAGCACAGUGUCUGCCUCAUGUGUGCCUCGGAGGUCUUAGUCGCAAACGGCUACCCGCUUCCAGAUCUUCCACCCGAGCCAAACUCCCCAGCCUCCACACCCAACACCCGCUCACCCCGCCAGGCCCGCAGGCCUACACCUAAAGCUGAGCAGCGACCUAUUGACCGUGUGCUGCGGGCAGGUCCCCACCCGCCUUCGCCAUCUAUGCCCCGGUCUCCGGGAUAUGGGACGUAUCCAGGGCGACGCCGUAAGGAGGGCCCACCCCUGGUGAUGAUGUUCCCCUGUGUCCCCUGCGGCCGAGAUGUGGAGCUGGGAGAGAAGGGCCUUACUGACUGUCUGCGCAACCUCACCCUGGAGCGUAUAGUGGAGAGGUACAGACACACAGUGAGUCUGGGCAGUGUGGCUGUGAUGUGCCAGUUCUGUAAGCCUCCUCAAGCUCUUGAGGCCACUAAGGGCUGCGCUGACUGCAGAGCCAAUUUCUGUAAUGAGUGUUUCAAGCUCUAUCACCCGUGGGGGACGCCACGGGCACAACAUGAACAUAUCCAGCCAACACUGAACUUCAGACCAAAGGUUCUGACCUGUCCGGAGCAUGACCAGGAGAAACUGCAGUUCUACUGUAGGUCCUGCCAGCGUCUCCUCUGCCCUCUUUGCAAACUGCGCCGCAUCCACACCGGACACAAAAUCCUGCCAGUGGCCCACGCAUACCAAGCCCUGAAGGAGAAGAUUACAAAGGAGAUGAACUACAUUCUGUCCAACCAGGACACAGUUCUGGGACAGAUUACCCAGCUGGAGAGUUCCAUCACUCAGACUGAGGUAAACAGCGUGGCAGCCAGAGAGCAGCUGGCUCAGAGCAUCAGGGAUCUGACGGCUGCUCUGGCCGAACGCCAUGCUUCGCUCACCCAGGCUCUGGAGUCGACGCGGCAGAAACGAGGCGAGGCGUUGGCUUCUCAAGUGGCGGAGAGACGGAGCUUGAUGGAACACGCAGGGCUCAUGGCGUUCACCCAGGAGCUGUUGAAAGAAACAGACCAGCCUUGUUUUGUGCAGGCUGCUCGCCAGACUCAUAACAGGUUGAGCAAAGGAAUUGACAAUCUGCAGCAUUUCACUCUGGCUGCGGAUCCAUCCUUCAGACACUUCCAGCUCGAUGUCUCCAAAGAACUCAAACUCCUGACUGAGUUGAACUUCAUCCAGGCUCCUUUGGCUCCAGUGAUUGAUACCCAGCGUACUCUGGCCUACGACCAGCUCUUCCUGUGCUGGCGACUGCCCCAGGACUCUGCAUCCGCCUGGCACUUCUCCGUCGAGUAUCGCCGUCGGGGUGUGGUACCAGGGGGAGCGUCUAGAGGUGGGAUCAGAGGUGGAUUGGCCGCUGCCCGCUGGGGUUGGCAGCGACUGGAUGAAGUGAGUGGGAGCAGCGCUGUGAUCGACAGGUUGGAGAUGGACAGUGUGUACGUGCUGCGGGUGAGAGGCUGCAACAAGGCGGGCUACGGGGAGUACAGUGAGGAGGUGUACCUCCACACCCCGCCUGCACCAGUGCUCAACUUCUACCUGGACUCUCGCUGGGGUCUCCAUGCCGACCGGCUGGUGGUCAGUAAAGAGCAGCGUGGUGCUCGCAGCGUCCCCGGUCUCUCUCUGCUGCAGGCCGCAGACCAUGCCCUCACUUCGUGUCACCUGACCUCUGACCUCCUGGUAGGAGACGUGGCUAUUACACAAGGACGACACUAUUGGGCAUGCUCAGUGGAGCCUGGAUCUUACUUGGUGAAGGUGGGAGUUGGUCUUGAAUCCAAACUACAGGAAUGGUUUCACCUUCCACAAGACAUGGCCAGUCCCCGCUAUGACCCAGACAGCGGUCAUGACAGCGGGGCAGAGGAUGCCUUGGACUCUGCUCCGCCAUUCUGCUUCCUCACUAUGGGGAUGGGUAAGAUCUACUUGCCACAGCACAGCUACCACCACCACAGUCACCACGGGAACAGUAACCGAGACCCCAUCAGCAAUGGCCCCUCCUCACCCACAGGUCUUACCUACCCGCUGCCGCCCCGGCUCGGGGUGUGCCUUGACUUUGAGAAGGGUCGCGUCACCUUCUAUGAUGCCCACUCUCUGCGACCUUUGUGGGAAGGUCAUGUAGAUUGCUCUGGCCCCGUGUGUCCGGCUUUCUGUUUCAUCGGAGGAGGGGCGCUGCAGCUGCAGGAGCUGGUAGCCAAUCGCAAUGCAGAUCAGACUCCGGUCAGAAGGGUAACGAUCCAAACCCGUGUCUCUAAUUCAAAUAACAACUGAUGGCUGAUCUGAGGUCAUAUAGUAAUUUGGAAUGUAAUUGGUAAUUGUGAAGUAUUUACUCAGCUAGAGCGAAAAGUUAGACAUCUCAGCGAUUUUGUUUUGUAUUUAAUUUUCUUUAUAUAAGAAAAUGUUUCUAUAGCAACAAAUAUGCAAUGUAAUUAAGUUUUUUACAUUUUUGUUAUAUGCAGUUUUGCAAGAAUUAUAGCUUAAGUAGUGUCUGGUACAUCCAGCACUUACAAAACCGUAUGUAAUUAUAUCUUUGAUGCUUGCACUUGUAGCCAGGCUAUAUUGCAUACAUUUAUAAAGCUAAUGUAGAUACAGCACCACCGUGUUGUCCUUCCUGUAGAAGCUUUUAUUCUGUCACUUCAUGUCCUUGAUGUUAAAAUCUUAAGCUCAUGUUUUAGAGAAAUGAACAUUAUGUGAUUGAAAAAAAAAGAGGCCUCAACUAUUUUAUUGCAUCUGCAGCUAAACUCUGUUUAACAACAAAGAUUUUUUUGCUGUCGGUGAACACUUUAUAGUCAUUCACACAUUAUUAUCCCAACCAAAGUUAUUGUUUUUCUGGGAUGUAAAUGUGGUAAAUUAGAGGUAGAGAGGAACAAUGAGGCAAUACUGUAAUUAGAAGCUCCAAUUAUACCUCUGCUGCACAGUUAAUCACUAGUUUCCACAGUUCUGUUUGUGCAUUGCUAUUUUGUAUUUCAAAUACAUGAGUCUGAUGUCUGUGUGUGUGGGUGUGUGUGUUUACUCUCCUAUGUGCAUGGGUACGUGUGUGGUUUGACUGAUAACGACAUUGCUUCAUUGGCUGACGGUAAAAAGUUGUUUUCCUCGCAAACAAUAGUUACGAUUUCUUUUAACCUUGCUUGAUUGUAAGUUAAUGAGCUUCUUAUAAAACGAUUUGCAGAUUAAAUUUAUGUAAACUUCACCU